UACUGCGAUGUUUAAACUCUUGGGGAAAAGUAAACCCGUGAAAAUUAGAAGCUGUUAUGAAAACAAAAAGUACGGAGUUGCAGCAAAAGAUGUGAAGGAAUUGCUCAAAAAAGGCUGUAAAAUAUUACAGCUGCCACUCUCUGGUGCACAAGUUUGUUUGUAUUCGGACGGGACGACGGUGACGGAGGAAUUCUUCACCACUCUGACUGACCACACUGAGCUUGUUCUUCUCUCCAGAGGGCAGACAUGGGGUGGAGUUGUGUGCGACAUCGGUCAGUUACUGAGCCCGGACGAGCACUCCAGUGGCCUCAUCAUUGAAGCAGCGAGGGGGCUCCUGUCUGACGAGUCGUCUCCUAAGAGGCGGAAAAUAUUGGCUGACCUGCUCCAAAACCUGGAGGACAGAUCAGAGCUGGAGAGCAGAAACGAGGAUGAAGACUGGUUCAAAGGUAUUGAUGGUCGAUUCAAGACAAAGUCUGCCUACAUGAAGUUCAACUGUGAAAGUAGGAUACGAGGCUACAUGAAGGAGGUAGAUGCUGCCACCAAGCUCGUACAGACAGCUAAAGUCAAGGCAGAGUUUUUGAAAACAUCAAAGUGCCUGGUGGAGAUGCUGAAGUCAGUCAAGUACAACGGCUGCUACUUUGACAGGACUGAAAAAGAGCCACAUCGCCUCUGUACUCAGGAAGGAUGGUUUACCUGCCAGGGAUCAUUUGAUGUAAAUAUGUGCCAGUCGCUCCACUCCAUCAACCCGUACGGCAGCCGAGAGAGCCGGAUCAUCUUCAGCACGUGGAAUCUAGACCACAGGAUUGAAAAGAAGAGGACGAUCAUUCCUGCUCUGCUGGAAGCUCUACAGAAUCACAAGAGUACCAACAUCGACCUGAACUACUUCUACCGCCUGCUGUUCACGAGGGAGAACCUGAAGCUGGUGCACAUCGUGUGCCACAAGAAAGGAGCUCACAACCUGCUGUGUGACACCAAGAAGAUCUUCAAACAAUCCAGAAACACUGGAAAGGGAAAACAGAAGGCCGGAGGGAAGAAGAAGCGCUUAGUAUGA